AUGCCUAGUGAUAUGAUUCAAAACCCAAAGAAAAGUGGGCACUGCAUGGCUAUCACCAUGAGAAGUGGUAAAUCACUACCAGAACCUACACCUGCAAGCAUUGAGCAGGAGGAAAGUAUAGAAAGGAAUGCUGAAAAAGAGAGGCUCAAGAAGAAAUCUCAGUAUGGAAAAUUCAUGAGACUCAUAUCCAUGCUUUGGACACUACCAAUAAAUAUUCCAUUAGUAGAGGUUUUGGAACAGAUGCCAGGAUAUGCUAAGUUUAUGAAGUACUUGGUAACAAAAAAGGGGACGACAAGUUUUGAACCAACAAAUAAUGUUCACAAUUGUAGUGAUAUUGCUACAAGGUCCUUGGUGCAGAAGAAAGAGGACCCGGGUGCAUUUACUAUACCAUGCACUAUUGGUGCAUUCGAGUUCACUAAAGCUCUGUAUUUCAAGGUGGAUUUUGAAGUUCCCAUAAUUUUGGGAAGGCCAUAUUUGGCUACUAGUAGAGCAUUGGUUGAUGUGGAGAGUGGGGAGCUAAAAUUUUGGCUAAAAAAUGAAGAGGUCAAGUUCAAAGUGUGUAAGUUGAUGAAGCAACCACACGAUAUGAGUGUGGUGUCCGCGAUUGAUAUAGUUGAAGAAAGGGUCACUGAAUCAUCGAUAGAAGAAAGAUUUACUUUAGAAACACUAGUUGCAGACAAACCUACAACAAAACCAUCUAUUGAGGAACCACAUGUGCUUGAAUUGAAGCAGCUGCCGGGUCAUUUGAGGUAUGUCUUUCUAGGUGAAAAUAAGACUUUGCUAGUUAUUGUGGCUGCAAAUCUUAAUGUUGAACAAGUGCAAACAUUGGUGAAGGUGUUGAAAAGGUUCAAGAAAGCAAUUGGUUGGACCAUUGCUGACAUAAUUGGGAUACCUCCAGUGAAAUGUGUGCCCAAGAUAGGUGGAAUAACUGUAGUGGCGAAUGCAAAGAAUGAGUUGAUUCCGCAGAGGUCAGUUAUCGAUUGGUGGUGUGCAUGGAUUACAAUUUCAAUUGCACUAGAAGAUCAGGAGAAAACCACUUUCGCAUGCCCUUAUAGUACUUUUGCGUUCAAACACAUGCCAUUUGGAUUAUGUAAUGCACUUGCUACUUUUCAACGGUGUAUGAUAUACAUCUUUUCGGACAUGGUUGAAGACACUUUGGAGGUAUUAGCCGCUACUCUUGAUCUUAUUCCUUGGUUUGCUAACUUUCCCAACUAUCUUGUAAGUGAAUUGAUGCCCGAGGACUUGACCUUUCAACAAAGGAAGAAGUUCUUACAUGAUGUGAGCAAGUACUUUUGGGAUGAGCCUUACUUAUACAGGGUUUAUGCGGAUAAUAUUAUUAGUCGGUGUGUGCCUGAAGCUAAAAUGCUAAGCAUUCUGGAAGCUUGUCACUCCUCUCCAGUUGGUGGACACCAUGUGGGAACUCGCACUGCCCACAAGGUGUUCCAAAGUGGUUAUUAUUGGCUUAGAAUUCAUCAAAACACAUUUGAUAUGGUUAAAGGUUAUGACAUAAGUCAAAUGCAAGGAGUUAUUUCCCAUCGUCAUGAGUUACCUAUGACCCCUAUCUUAGAGGUUGAAUUAUUUGAUAUAUGGGGCAUUGAGUUCAUGGGGGUAGUAGUUUUGGCUUUGGCGGAGAAUAAAGGCAAGAGUGUUGCAGGAUUCUCAAAGAAGAAUAUUUUCUCUAAGCUUGGCACACCUAGAGUGAUUACUAGUGACAGAGGCUCACAUUUCUGCAAUAAAGUGUUUAGCACUCUCCUGGCUAAAUAUGGGGUGAAACAACAUAAAGUGGCUAUGUCUAUUUCCGGGAAAGCAGAGAUCCAAAUGGUCAGGACCAUUCAAAGUGAUCCAGGUUUAUAUGAGGGUCGCCACCUUUUGGUGACUAGUGAAGUUGAGAUGGAUGAUCCAGUUUCUCGAGAGAGCAUCAUGACAUUGAUUGCUAGGCUUAUUGCGACUGACAGUGAGGCAGCAUCAUGGGUAGCCAACUGUAACGACGCAGAAAACUAG